AUGGCCGUCCCUCAAUCUAAUGGCUCUCCGCCACCCGAGGCCAUCACGUACGCCUACAUGUUCGAAUCGGAUAAGAGCCCGACCAAGCAGUUUGAUGCGCUGCUGAGAGCAAUCGCGCGCUUUAUCGUAACUGAGCUUGGCGACCAAAAUGAUCAAAACCUCACCCCCAAGAAACUCGCUGCGUUUUACAAAGCCGUCGGCGGUGACUAUGACUCCUUGUUCCUUGAGACGCCUCACUCGACCAUCUCUUACAUGUGGCAUGUGACUGGCUGCCAGCACAGCUUGCAACCCACCGAGAAUGACUACGACCCGCCUUCUAUUCCCGCUCUGACGCCUCGGGGCUUCUCUCGAUGGGAAGCGGUAGAGGUCCUUCUCGGGCCCGAAGAGCAUGUCCCGUUUCUUCAAUUUGCUGUCAAACACUGGGAGCUAAGACAUCCUGAGACGGGCCAAGUCUUCCCGCCUGAUCUGCCCGCCAGCGUCUUUCCCUCACAACCUGAUCAAGAAGUCGACCGCUGGCACAAGACUUGCGCCGAUCAGAUGCGGGAUGCUUCGAAAGAAGAAGAGAACGCAAGUAUGCCUAGCUCCAGCUCCGCGCCGAAGCCCGAACCGUCUCCAGAACCUGCUGCGCCUAGGUUUGCCUACUUUCAUUCGCCGGAUCCUUUCCACCCGGCAAACCGUUUCUAUCCAUCGGAUCCAUUCCGCGCGACCUCUCCCCCUCGGCCGAGAGCUGCUGAUCUGAAUCAGUCCGAAAGGUUCUACUACGUCCAUGUUGGCGAAAGAUAUGGGGCUAAUUUUGGCCAAAGGCCUCCUGUGCGUUCGCCGGAAAGGCCUCGCCGCCAGAGACCUGCCGAUGACGCCGGAAGGCGGCGAAGCUUUUCCGACUAUGCUUCGAGUCGCCAGCCAAACCCCGACGGCAUUCGCCACAGCUAUUCCGGAACCUAUCUCAACCCGGAUUCCACUCGAACGACGCCUAGCCGACCUUCGCAGGGCCGCCGGCAUAGCCACCUGCAUCGUACAUCUGACUCGUCGGGCGAUGAAUCUGAGGAUGCCGCUAUGCACAUGAGGGCUAGACGGCGACAACGAACCGGCUCUCCCCACUCAGGCGUUCGUAGGGUCGUCCCGCCGUCAUCUGGUCCUCCGCCGUCGGCGGGGUCCAGCGUCCCUUCUUUCCGGACACAUCGAAGCGAUAGUCGAGCUGAGGAAGCAAGAAGAAGAGGUAGUCCCCUCGGCUCCCUCAAAGAAAAAUUGACCGAAACCGUUUCCAACAUUUUCCCAGGUAACCAAAGCCGAACCAGCUCAAGACAGAGCUCCGUCAACAACCCCAUCCGCGUGCGUAGAAGCCGCGAGAGCAUACCUCCGUCACGCCUGAACCAGAACCACUCAGAUCUUUCCGAUGGCCAAUCGGAUGGGUCUAGCGAAGAGGAAAUCCGUCAUCGCCACAGACUACGCCAGCAGCGAGAACGCUCGUACCGCGCGGAUGACCAAGAUAGAGAACGAUCGCACAUGCACCGACCGGAUCCACAGCGUCGGGCUAGCAGCCACACCGAUCCGGAAAGGCGGCGGGACGCCGCAUGGGAUGCGAGAGAGAGAGAUCACAUCAGAGGAGAAAGGAAAUGGGAUAGACGAUCUAUGGAAGAAGACGUGCCGAAUCCGGGCAUACCAAGCAGGCGAUACCAGGAGUCUGCCUACACUUGA